UUUUUAUUUUUUUUCAUUUUUUUAUAAAAAAACAUUUUACGUGAUGUUGGCCGAAUGUGUCUUAACACGUUUUAAUACCACAAAAUCAUAAAUAUGAGUUAUUAGCAACUCAGACCUUUUCUUAUAAUCAUAUUCAAUCCCAAAGUACCUCCUACAUAAGUUUGCUUAGUGGCAGUGCGAACAUCCAACACGUUUUGUUCGGUGUUCGCCCCGGGACAAGGAACAUCAUCAAUCAAUUUUUUUUUAUUGCAACCAAUCUGCCAUUAGAAAUCAUCAUCAACAUUCCAACUCCUUGACUAACCUUGGUCACUUUCAGCGAUCUGACCCGUAUGAUUUCUCGCAGUCCAAGAGCGAAUAUUACAAUGGUUACGGUUCACCUUCACCUGUGAAUGCAAAAUAUCCACGAAGCCCGCAUUCACACUCGCACCCCAAAAACGACGGCCGACCGACCAGCCCUUCCAACAAAGCCCUUAAUUUGGGUUCUCCCCCCUCGCGUCACAACCGUACCGCACUAGAUUCCAUCACUUCUACCAAUCGCAACACCUCUUUAACACCGGCACCGUCACUGCCAUCAAUAUUAAACCCGGAACCAACUUCUUCAUCAAAUACUCCUAGCCGUGCAGCCGAGUUGAUGUCCUUCUCCAACAUCCUUUCCAGCGCUGAACCUCUUCCGAAGCCCAGGGCUCCCAUGAUGACAGAACUUAAAGAAAAGCCAGCUCGCAAGAGCAAAGGACGCGAGUCAAUUUUGAAGGACACGGAAAGUAGUUCAAGAAAAGACUCACGUCGCGUGUCGGCGAACCACGCGAAAGAAACCCCUUCAAGAGCCCCCAAGAGGCAGGCUAAUGGACAAGUCAAGCCAAAGGCCCUCUCAGCAGACAAAGAAAAGAAGAUCCAGAGUCUGCUUGACCAACUCGAUGCCGAGAUGGAAGAUGUUGACCUAUCCGAGCUCGAAGCCGAAGAGGAAUUUUUCCAUGGACGUUUAAAGAAGCGUAGGUUAGACGUUGAACAUAUGGAGGACGACGACCACGUUCGUCGGAGAAGAGACCUAGCUGUCUCCUUGUCAAGCAAGUUGAAUGAACAUGCGAACUAUGGCAGGCGCCGAUACGACACGCUCCACUACGAUGAUGCCUUACAAGAAGUCCGAGAACGCGAAAUUUAUGCCGAGAAAGAGCGCAAGAAGGACAUGCAACGUAAGCGUCGUAGAGAGAAGUCUAUGCAGGUCACUAUCGAGCAGAAGGAAGCGGCCUUAGCGAAGGCACUUGCUGCCGAAGACGAUGCCGAGCGAGCGAAGUGGUUACGAGACGCGGAACGUGCCAACAAAAAGGCGCAGCAAACAAAGCUGAUCUUGCAAAAGGGUAUAAAGGGUCCGGCACGUAACUUGGCACCGCUUGAGCUAAAUCUUGAAGGUGGCACGAUGUCGACUUUCCAGGCGACCGAUCUCGAGACUGGCUCUAAGAGCAAGAGCAAGGGUCGUAGUGGCAACCGCCCGAAGAAGUCGAAGGAGCAGAAACAGGCAGAGAAGGAUUCGGCCAUUGCUGCUCAAGCUGCUCUAGACGCGGGCGAAGAGUUGCCCACCAAAGAAGAGACCAAGAUCCGCAUAAAGUUGAGCAAGUCAUCGUCCAAGGAGCCCAAAGAGAAGGAGAAGGAAUCUAAGGAUAUCCCUACAAAGGAACCGAAGGAGAAGGAAAAGUCUGUCGAAGAGCCUCCACUUAACCCUCUCGAAGCCAAGUUCCAAUCUAAGGGAUACAACCAGAUCUAUGAUCAGAUCUGGCGCGACCUCGCACGCAAAGAUGUUCCGAAGACAUUUAAGCUGGCGAGCGAUUCAUAUGGCACGAAGGCUUCGAAUCUUAAGAAAACUGCUAUCUUGGCUUCGAAAGAGGCUAAGCGUUGGCAACUUCGUACUAAUAAAGGCACUAAAGACCUCCAGGCUCGUGCAAAGCGUUGUAUGCGCGAUAUGAUGGGUUUCUGGAAGCGCAACGAGCGUGAGGAACGUGAUCUUCGCAAGGCAGCAGAGCGCCAGGAACUUGAGAAUGCUCGUAAAGAGGAAGCCGACCGCGAAGCUGCUCGUCAGAAGAGGAAGCUCAACUUCUUGAUCUCUCAGACGGAGCUGUACUCGCACUUUAUCGGCAAAAAAAUCAAGACAGACGAAGUCGAGCGUAGUACGGAUAACCCAGAUAUCGCACCAGAUGCCAAUAUCGCUGCUAAGCCGACCGAUGUUGAUGUUGCAGAACCAUCCGGUCCUGUCGGCAAGAAGAUUACUGAUUUUAAGAAUCUGAACUUCGACGCUGAGGAUGAAGAGGCACUGAGAGAAGCAGCCGUGGCAAAUGCUCAGAAUGCUAUUGCAGAAGCACAGGCGAAGGCACGAAGCUUCAAUAAGCCCGACAAUGACAUGGACGAGGACGGCGAAAUGAACUUCCAGAAUCCAACUGGUCUUGGCGAUGUAACGGUCGAGCAGCCUAAGUUGCUGAACUGCCAACUCAAGGAAUACCAGCUGAAGGGUCUAAACUGGCUUGCCAAUCUCUACGAACAAGGUAUUAACGGCAUUCUGGCAGACGAAAUGGGUCUCGGAAAAACGGUUCAAUCUAUCUCUGUUAUGGCCUACCUCGCUGAGGUCCACGAUAUCUGGGGCCCGUACCUUGUAGUUGCGCCUGCAUCUACUUUACACAACUGGCAGCAGGAGAUAGCUAAAUUCGUCCCAGAAUUUAAGGUUCUCCCGUAUUGGGGCACUGCUGGCGACCGAAAGGUGCUCCGCAAGUUCUGGGAUCGUAAGCAUAACACGUACCGUAAAGACGCGCCUUUCCACGUCUUAGUUACAUCGUAUCAGCUCGUCGUCUCGGAUGUUGCCUACUUCCAGAAGAUGCGUUGGCAAUAUAUGAUCCUCGAUGAGGCGCAAGCUAUCAAGAGCUCUCAAAGCUCGCGUUGGAAGUGCCUGCUAGGGUUCCACUGUCGUAACCGACUGCUUCUCACCGGUACUCCAAUCCAGAACAAUAUGCAAGAACUUUGGGCCCUUCUACAUUUCAUCAUGCCUUCCUUAUUCGACUCGCACGACGAGUUCAGCGAAUGGUUCUCUAAGGAUAUCGAAUCACACGCCCAGAGCAAUACGACGCUUAAUGAGGACCAGCUUAGGCGGCUACAUUUAAUCCUCAAGCCGUUUAUGUUACGCCGAGUCAAGAAACAUGUGCAGAAGGAACUCGGCGACAAGAUCGAGCUCGAUGUGUUCUGCGAGCUUACUUACCGACAGCGUGCUUACUAUAGGAACUUACGGAACCAGAUUAGUAUUAUGGAUCUGAUUGAGAAAGCGACGCUUGGAGACGACCAAGAUUCGGGUACAUUGAUGAAUCUCGUCAUGCAGUUCCGAAAAGUUUGUAACCAUCCUGACUUGUUCGAGCGUGCUGAUACGGCGAGUCCCUUUUUCACUGGCUACUUCGCAGAAACUGCUUCAUUCGUACGCGAAGGAAAUAACGUCGCGGUUGGUUAUUCGACUCGCAAUCUCAUUGACUACCAGCUGCCGCGCCUCGUUUGGACCGAAGGUGGUCGGUUGCACAAGGCCGGAAAAGACAACGAGAAGGCGGGCUUUAGAAGCAGAUACCUAAACCAUCUUAUGAACAUUUGGGCCCCCGAAAACGUACGCGAGAGCACGUCCGGCAAUGAUGGGUUUUCUUUCCUUCGAUUCGCCGAUGCUAGCCCGGAGGACGUCUACAAAGCCAGCCAUCAGGAUGUAUUUUCGCGAGCUGCGGAUCUAGUUAAGAAAGAGAACCGACUUGGCCGCAUGAACGUGAUCUACGACGAGCCUGGCGAGGAGAACUAUACCCCCGCCCACGCCCUGUUCCAGAUCACGGCACGAUCGGAUCGGAAACCUCUGGCGGAGGUCACGAGCGGAGGUGUACUUGACAAUCUCAUGAAUGUCUCUCGGGGGACGUGGCGAGAUUUGGGUCUGGGCCGGCUUGAGCAAGCAGCCUUGCCUGGUGCUUCCGCCCCGCCCAUACAGGUUUCAUGCGAGGGUACCCGAGCACCAAUCGCCGAGCGUGAGGAUACGCUAUUCAACAUGAAAAUGCGAAAGACCUUGUAUGGACCCAACCAGCCGGAGGAGAAGGCUCUUGUUUUGCAGAACGUCCCAAUUGAACGAUACCCGCCACCCGCGAUGCUCCCUCAGCCUGAUAACGAGAAGCGGCGAUUCACAAAUAUUACCGUCCCUAGCAUGCAUCGUUUCGUGACCGAUAGCGGGAAGCUUGCUAAAUUAGAUCACCUGUUGUUCAAACUGAAGGAGGAAGGCCACCGUGUGCUACUAUACUUCCAGAUGACCAGAAUGAUCGAUCUUAUGGAGGAGUACCUCACUUACCGCAACUAUAAAUACUGCCGCUUGGAUGGUUCUACGAAGCUGGAGGAUCGUCGUGACACUGUUCAUGAUUUCCAGACACGCCCUGAAAUAUUCAUCUUUCUGCUAUCGACUCGUGCUGGUGGUCUGGGCAUCAACCUUACGUCUGCCGAUACGGUUAUUUUCUACGAUAGCGAUUGGAAUCCUACUAUUGAUUCGCAAGCUAUGGAUCGUGCACAUCGUCUCGGACAGACCAAACAAGUCACCGUUUACCGUCUCAUUACCCGCGGAACCAUUGAAGAACGCAUUCGGAAGCGUGCCAUGCAGAAAGAAGAAGUGCAACGAGUUGUUAUCCAAGGUGGCGGUGCUCGGGGCGUCGACUUCAGCGGACGUCGUCCAGCUGAAAAUCGCAACCGCGACAUUGCUAUGUGGCUUGCCGACGACGAACAGGCCGAGCUCAUCGAGCAGCGGGAGAAAGAGUUGCUUGAAAGUGGCGAGCUGGAUAAAGCAACGAAGAAGCGGGGCGGUAACAAACGAAAGCGGGAGGCCGUCAGUUUGGACGAGAUGUAUCAUGAGGGCGAGGGUCAUUUCGACGAUGGUAAUAAACCUUCUGGCACCGCCACUCCAGUCGAAGCCGGAGACGUGAAAGCUGCAAAGAAACGAAAAGGAGGCAGCAAGAAGGCCAAGACGACAAAGCAGCGACUUGCCAUUGCUGAUGGCGAGAUGGAUAUUUAACCCGUUGUCGAGAAUAAUAGCUUCACAUAUGAAAACGGGGGUGGCGCUUUUCGAAACAGAAGUUUAGGACUGAGGGCCUUGUACAAAAUAAGAGGAGUGAUACGGCGUUACGUUGGCAUCGAUUUUACGUGCAGGGCAGGCUCUCGGCGGGACGAAUACAUACAGAGAUUCAUAGAGCUUUAGUUAAUCGUCAUCUUUGCAAGGAGAGAAGGGGGGAGGUGGUCUAAAAAUCGUCGUACUAGGAGGUUAGACUUUGCAAACCGGAUUACUCUUCCGACCAUAUCAUCUUUCUUUCUUUCUGUGGACAAAGGCCCGUUGUAUCGUUGUAGGAUUACGAUUAGAAGGGCAGACCUGGUGAAAUCUGCCAUUGCGCCCGCACGCUUACUUAUUAAGGUGACGAGCUCAAACAGCAAUAAUAAAUGUGAUACUUGAA